GUUUGUAAAUGUGUAUCACUGUUGUUGUCGUAUUGCCAUUGACAUUUAUGAUUUCACUUUUUAAACAGGCAGACAGAAACAAAGGGAAAAAAGAACUCUGUUGCAUUUUAUAAAGCUACAAAAUUGCAUCUUAUGGUACUUAUUGUGAGAACUUACAAGAAAAAUACAUUAUGUUAAGUGGGGAAUAUAGAAGGAGUCCACGAAUAGUUGAACUGGAUGCACGGAAAGCACAAGAAUCGAGGAGCCAAAAUAUGGCCAAUGUGAUAUGUGAAGUGAUGGACGUGGAGGAACUGGAUAAGGGACAAGAUAUUUUGAAACAAAAGCGCGGAAGGAAAAAGGUUAAGGUCAGAGCUGUCCAAGAUCUUGUUGUUAAUUCAGUUGAAUAUAAAGAUCAGAAGACUGACACUGGGAAUGAUGAAGAUCACCUUAUCAAUGCUGCUAAUGUGCCAUCUAGAGCUGCAACACCAGAAAAAAGCAAGCUUGAACUACUGCUUGGCAUAUUGCAGAGGAGAGACACACAUAAAAUAUUUGCAGAGCCAGUAAAUGCGGAAGAGGUUGAAUUCUAUUAUGAUGUCAUCAAAGAACCAAUGGAUUUUGGCACGAUUGCAAAGAAACUGAAUGAAGGAAGUUAUCAAACACUGGAAGAAUUUGAGGUUUGCUUCCAAAAUGGUUGCUUAUCUAUUUGUUUGAUCACUUAUUUUUGGGCUGGGGAAGACUUUCAUGUUGUUCCAGAACUUAGGAAUCAAAUUGCAUUCUCAUGUUUCUUCUGAUCAGUGACAAUUAUGUUAUUAUAGCAGCUUGAGGACACAGUAUCACUUUUCUCU